AUGGGGUUUACCCGCCUCGCCCUCAUCGGCCUACCAUGCCUACUUUCGUUAUUGGGACAGGCUGAGCUGGCGGCGUCGGCGACGAUGACGCCGUCGUUCAAAUUCCCAACUUGCGUCGACACGUGCGCCGGGCACUCUGGCUGCCAGACGGACGAUUCAAAGUGCAUGUGUACGACAGCGAGGUCUUACUUUCUCGAGACUGUGGUAACAUGCGUAUACUACAACUGCAAGGACGACUUCCCCAAGGUUGACGGCGAAUUCUUGAAUAUCAUGACUGCCGGCUGCAAGGGCAUCAAGAAGCCCAUCCCCGACUCCUCGCUCAAGGCAGCCAAGAGCGUCUCAAAGCCAACACAGUCACCAUCAACCCAGUCAACGGCCGUCCAGGAUGCUCCCUCCAGCACUUUGGCUUCGGCGCAGGAUCAACAGACGUCAGCCGCGCCCGCGGCAGCAACAGACGCCUCGCCGCCUUCGCCUCCGUCGCAGCCGCCCCCAGUCGUGGUCACACCGUCCAGCUCGGAGUCUCCAAGUUCCGCCGCAGACGCGCCCAACCCAGUGCUCACAGACUCGAGCCCCUUUGCGCUUCCAAACUCGUCUGGGCCUCAAGUCGGGGCCAUGCUAUUCUAUGGGAUGGGCCUGCCCUUAUUAUUAGCCGGCGCCUUUACUCUGAGGUGA